AUGUUGCCGCUUCUUCUGCUCACCUUCUCGGUUCUCAAACUUCAAGCUGACCCUGUUGAUCAGGUAGCCAGUCAAGGUGCUGAUGUGUUCCUGAAAUCACGCAUCGCCGGGGAAACGGUACGACAAUGCUCAUGCGCGGAACAACGAGAAUGUACGGAAGAAAUGAAAGCACAAGCCAAAGAAUGCUCUGUACCAUGUUUUUCUGAAUUUGGCUCGAUCACAAAUCGCCCGAGUGAUUUGAGAAAAUGCUUCGACGACAAAGACGACAUUCUUGAGGGAUUCCUAGCCUGUUUCGAGCAAAAAGUGGAAGGGUGCGUGCCCGAUGCCAAUGGGCCACAAAUCCCAAAAACUAACAUCCUCAAACUGUUCUCCAUCGGUGAGAAUCGCAUCGUCAACCAGUCUGCAGCUAUGCAGUCAAUAAUUGCCCCAAUCAAGCACAUAGUAGGUGCUGCCGGUGAAUUCGCCAAAUGCAUCAAGGACUGUUUCCUGGCGAAGAACGCUAAAGGAUUCUGUUUUGAUAAGAAGAAUUGCCAACCUCUUGUUCUCGAGAACAAAGCGAAAAACUCUUUCCGACAUUGUACAAGAAAAGUGAACUGGAAACGAGAGGCUGGUGAAUUCUGUGAAUGCUCUGUUGAAGCUGGAGUCACCGACCUAAAACAGUACUGUGCAAUGUUCCGCCUGAUGGGGAAACGUGGUGGUGGUGGUGGAAAUCGACGUCGGGCAUAA